UCACACUCACACUCACAUUCACUCACACAGUCUCGCCUCGUGUUGGCUUCCAUUAAUAAACAACCUUCCAAAUUCCAAUCCAUAAUCCGUUCCUCCAUUUCUCUUUUUCUCUUCCCUCCAUUUUCAUUCCUUUUUUCACUCUGUAUUCUCUACAUUAAUAAUACUCUCCAUUUCUUCCCUCUUUAAUUUCCACCAUUGCAGGAUACUGGAUAGCAUAGAUCAAAAUCUCUAAUAAUGGAGUACGAAAGAAUUCACAAACCUCAGAAUGGAGCAGGAAUAAUAUCACCAAGUAAAUUGAGAGCAAAGCUAAUGGGUAUGGGAGUAACCCAGCAGAAAAAGAAGAAAGAAGGAUCAAAUAGUAAUUCAUCUAGAACAUCUCCUUCCAGUUCUAGACUGGAAGAUUCUCAGUUUGUUAAUGAUAGCUUACUUGAUGUUGCUUCUGCCUCCAUUGAUAAUAAUAUUGAUUCAGCUUUGAGCCUUGAGCUUCAACAAACACUCCGCGAGCAAGAAGUUUCUAGUUUUGUACCACUGCAAAAUCAUCUCCCGCCAAUUGAAAACAUGGAACCCGGUCCUGGUCAUGGUCAUGGUCGUUUCAAGACACAACAACCAACUAGAAGUGAUAAUGGGAAUUCAAGUGCUGUCCACCCAUUAAAAUCCAUUGAUGAUGAAAAUCUUGAUUAUGACAGUAAUGCAAGUUCAUCAAGCUUCGAGUUUCAUAAAGGGGAAAGAAUGGCUUAUAGAUCAUUAACCCGGUCCCUCUCUAGGCCUACUUCAUACAAAUGGAAUGAUGCUGAAAAAUGGAUAAUGAGCAAGCAAACAGGCCAGGGAAAUCAUUCAAAGACCCUAGGAAAAACCGGAGGGAAUCGUCUGACAGGCGUAAACAUGGUUAGAGUGGUUCCAGAGGCUGAUCACCCACAUUCGAGAAUGCCCGAAAUGAAGCGGGUUGAUAACUGCCAACCCACAGGACAUAUGAACUUGGAUAGGUUCAUUCUUGCUCAUCCUCAAAGCAAUGAUCCAAGAGAAGUCAGCAAUAUGAAUAAUUCAACCCAUGAGGUCCCAGGUACCCCAGGUAUUCAAGCAAUUUCGAUGAGAGACAUGGGAACAGAAAUGACUCCUGUCACAAGUCUAGAGCCCUCUCGGACAGCCACCCCUAAUGGGUCAUUAACCCCCUAUCGUAGCCCCAUAUCAUCGAUUCCUUCCACUCCUCGAGCAGGAGAACCGACCACUGCUCCUGCGGAACAUACAACUGAAAGUAAUGCACACUAUCUAACUGGGAAAGGCAAUCAAGAAUUGUCGGAACAUGAACUGAAGCUCAAGACUAGACGAGAGAUUGUGGCACUUGGUGUACAGCUUGGGAAGAUGAAUAUAGCUGCUUGGGCAAGUAAAGACGAGAAGGAUAAAUACCCUUUUCCCGAUACUCAUCCUGAGGAAUUCGAACGUAUUGAAUUUGAAAAACGCGCUGCUGCUUGGGAAGAAGCUGAAAUAUCAAAGCAUGCUGCAAGGUAUAAGCGCAAGGAGAUCAAAAUCCAAGCUUGGGAGAGUCAACAGAAGGUGAAAUUGGAGGAAGAAUUGAGGAGAAUAGAGGCAAAAGUUGAACGACUGAGAACACAAUCCCAGGCGAAAAUGAUGAAAAAGAUAGCGAUGGCGAGGGAGAAAUCAGAACAAAAACGAGCAGCAGCUGUGGCCCAAAAGGCGCGAGAUGCUGAAAAAACUGCUGCCCAAGCUGAGUUCAUUAGGCAAACAGGUCGAACUCCAUAUUCAGAUAAUUUGUGCUGUGGUCUCUUGUGUUAGAAUUUGUAGGGAAGAUUGGUUCCCAACAUGAUCAUUCAAGUAAAUGAUCUCCUUUGUACUUUACAUUUGCUUUUUCUUAUAUGGGCUUGUGUUUAGAUUUUAGGUGAUGCUUCAAUAGUUUGUGGGCAUUUCCCCGUGAUCUUAUCUGGUACACAUAAUAUAAGUAUAUGCAAAUUGAAACUGCAACAACUUCCGUUAAAGUGCGCAUUAUUAUCCA